CAAACAAGCCAGCUAUCAUCAGCAUUUUCGACCACAGUUGAAACCUUGGCUUCAUUUUCAAUAACUGAACACAAUUCCACAACCACACUACUAAUGUUCAGAGGAAAUAAAUCCACAGAAAUAAAUCCUGUAUCCUCAACUGAACAUUCACCACCAACUACAGAGUCAGCAACAACUUUAACAACUCUUACCAAUAUAAUUUCUGAUUCGGCAGUGACUACCACUACAAGGAGUAAUGAAUUCACAUCAACAGACAUAACUGAACAAUCCAGUGGAACUUCAGAAGCGUCAAGAAAGACAAAUCAACAGACCACACAUGUAACAUUUCCUUCAUUUUCAACAACAGGAACAACAGAAUUCAGAACCACAACCAUAGUGACACCAACAACAGAAAGCAAAAUCCAAACGAGUAAAAUAGUGAACACAACAGGCGGAUCUACACAUCCCACUGUGGUCUCCUCAACUGAAGAUGUCCAUUCAGUAGCAUCCACCUUCUCAACAUCCAUGCCCUUAAAAAGUUAUGGAUCAGUGAGUUCUGAAACUACAGAAAAAACCUCAACAGAGUUCACAUCAAGUGAACUAACUGGACAAUCUUCUGAAACUUCACUAGCACCCGACCAAACAAGCCAGCAAUCAUCAGCAUUUCCAACCACCGAUGAAACCAUGGCUUCAUUGUCAACAACUGAAAACAACUCCACUACUACACUUCCAAUGUUCACAGGAAGUGCAACUGAAACAUUUCCUACAACAGAUGUAUCCACACAGAGAACUCAUAUAUCCUCUAGUGAAGGUACAAAUUCACCAUCAACUACAGAGUCAGCAACAACUUUAACAUCUCUUACCAAUGUAAUUUCUGAUUCGGCAGUGACUACCACUACAAGCACUAACGAAUACACAUCAAUAGACCUAACUGAACAAUCCAGUGGAACUUCAGAAGUGUCAAGAAAGACAAGUCAACAGACCCUAGUAUCUUCUUCCACGCUUUUAACAGUUCCUUCAUUUCCAACAACAGAAUUUGGAUCUACAGCUGUAGUGACACCAACAACAGAAAGCACAAUCCGAACAAGUGCCAUAGUGUCUGCAACAGGGGAAUCAGCACAUCCCACUGUUUCCUCCUCAACUGAAGAUGUCCAUUCAGUAGCACCCACCUACUCAACAUCAGUGCCCUCAAAACCUCAUCCAUCAGUCAGUUCUGAAACUACAGAAGCAAGCUCAACAGAGUACACAUCAAGUAAAAUAACGGGACAGUCUUCUGAAUCUUCAGCAGCACCAGAACAAACAACCCAGCGAUCCUCAGCAUUUCCAACCACAAAUGACCACAUGGCUUCAUUAGUGACAACAGCCACAGAUAGCACAAUCCAAACAAGUCCCAUAGUGUCUACAACAGAAGAAUCUGCACAUCCCACUGUAUUCUCCUCAACUGACGAAGUCCAUUCAACACUAUCCACCUUCUCAACAUCCAUGCCCUUAACAAGUUAUGCAUCAGUCAGUUCUGAAACUAGAGAAACAACAUCAACAGCGUUCACAUCAGGUAAAAUACCUGCACAGUCUUCUGAAACUUCACUAGCACCCGACCAAACAAGCCAGCAAUCAUCAGCAUUUCCAACCACCGAUGAAACCAUGGCUUCAUUGUCAACAACUGAAAACAACUCCACUACUACACUUCCAAUGUUCACAGGAAGUGCAACUGAAACAUUUCCUACAACAGAUGUAUCCACACAGACAACUCAUAUAUCCUCUAGUGAAGGUACAAAUUCACCAUCAACUACAGAGUCAGCAACAACUUUAACAUCUCUUAGCAAUAUAAUUACUGACUCUGCAGUGUCCAUCACCUCAAGCACCAAUAUAUACACAUCAAUAGACUUUACUGAACAAUCCAGUGAAACUUCAGAAGUGUCUAGAAGGACUAGUCAACAAACCACGAUAUCUUCUUCCACAUCUGUAACAGUUCCUUCAACAGUAGUGACACCAGCAACAGAAAGCACAAUCCAAACAAGUCCCAUAUUGUCUACAACAGAGGAAUCUGCACAUCCCACUGUAUUCUCCUCAACUGAAGAUGUCCAUUCAACACCAUCCACCUACUCAACAUCCAUGCCCGUAACACCUCAUCCAUCAGUCAGUUCCGAAACUAGAGACACAACCUCAACAGAGUUCACAUCAAGUGAAAUAACUGGACAAUCUUCUGAAACUUCACUAGCACCCGACCAAACAAGCCAGCAAUCAUCAGCAUUUCCAACCACCGAUGAAACCAUGGCUUCAUUGUCAACAACUGAAAACAAAUCCACUACUACACUUCCAAUGUUCACAGGAAGUGCAACUGAAACAUUUCCUACAACAGAUGUUUCCACACAAAUAACUCAUAUAUCCUCUAGUGAAGGUACAAAUUCACCAUCAACUACAGAGUCAGCAACAACUUUAACAUCUCUUACCAAUGUAAUUUCUGAUUCGGCAGUGACUACCACUACAAGCACUAACGAAUACACAUCAAUAGACCUAACUGAACAAUCCAGUGGAACUUCAGAAGUGUCAAGAAAGACAAGUCAACAGACCCUAGUAUCUUCUUCCACGCUUUUAACAGUUCCUUCAUUUCCAACAACAGAAUUUGGAUCUACAGCUGUAGUGACACCAACAACAGAAAGCACAAUCCGAACAAGUGCCAUAGUGUCUGCAACAGGGGAAUCAGCACAUCCCACUGUUUCCUCCUCAACUGAAGAUGUCCAUUCAGUAGCACCCACCUACUCAACAUCAGUGCCCUCAAAACCUCAUCCAUCAGUCAGUUCUGAAACUACAGAAGCAAGCUCAACAGAGUACACAUCAAGUAAAAUAACAGGACAGUCUUCUGAAUCUUCAGCAGCACCAGAACAAACAACCCAGCGAUCCUCAGCAUUUCCAACCACAAAUGACCACAUGGCUUCAUUAGUGACAACAGCCACAGAUAGCACAAUCCAAACAAGUCCCAUAGUGUCUACAACAGAAGAAUCUGCACAUCCCACUGUAUUCUCCUCAACUGAAGAAGUCCAUUCAACACUAUCCACCUUCUCAACAUCCAUGCCCUUAACAAGUUAUGCAUCAGUCAGUUCUGAAACUACAGAAACAACCUCAACAGCGUUCACAUCAGGUAAAAUACCUGCACAGUCUUCUGAAACUUCACUAGCACCCGACCAAACAAGCCAGCAAUCAUCAGCAUUUCCAACCACCGAUGAAACCAUGGCUUCAUUGUCAACAACUGGAAACAACUCCACUACUACACUUCCAAUGUUCACAGGAAGUGCAACUGAAACAUUUCCUACAACAGAUGUAUCCACACAGACAACUCAUAUAUCCUCUAGUGAAGGUACAAAUUCACCAUCAACUACAGAGUCAGCAACAACUUUAACAUCUCUUAGCAAUAUAAUUACUGACUCUGCAGUGUCCAUCACCUCAAGCACCAAUAUAUACACAUCAAUAGACUUUACUGAACAAUCCAGUGAAACUUCAGAAGUGUCUAGAAGGACUAGUCAACAAACCACGAUAUCUUCUUCCACAUCUGUAACAGUUCCUUCAACAGUAGUGACACCAGCAACAGAAAGCACAAUCCAAACAAGUCCCAUAUUGUCUACAACAGAGGAAUCUGCACAUCCCACUGUAUUCUCCUCAACUGAAGAUGUCCAUUCAACACCAUCCACCUACUCAACAUCCAUGCCCGUAACACCUCAUCCAUCAGUCAGUUCCGAAACUAGAGACACAACCUCAACAGAGUUCACAUCAAGUGAAAUAACUGGACAAUCUUCUGAAACUUCACUAGCACCCGACCAAACAAGCCAGCAAUCAUCAGCAUUUCCAACCACAGAUGAAACCAUGGCUUCAUUGUCAACAACUGAAAACAACUCCACUACUACACUUCCAAUGUUCACAGGAAGUGCAACUGAAACAUUUCCUACAACAGAUGUUUCCACACAGACAACUCAUAUAUCCUCUAGUGAAGGUACAAAUUCACCAUCAACUACAGAGUCAGUAACAACUUUAACAUCUCUUACCAAUGUAAUUUCUGAUUCGGCAGUGACUACCACUACAAGCACUAACGAAUACACAUCAAUAGACCUAACUGAACAAUCCAGUGGAACUUCAGAAGUGUCAAGAACGACAAGUCAACAGACCCUAGUAUCUUCUUCCACGCUUUUAACAGUUCCUUCAUUUCCAACAACAGAAUUUGGAUCUACAGCUGUAGUGACACCAACAACAGAAAGCACAAUCCGAACAAGUGCCAUAGUGUCUGCAACAGGGGAAUCAGCACAUCCCACUGUUUCCUCCUCAACUGAAGAUGUCCAUUCAGUAGCACCCACCUACUCAACAUCAGUGCCCUCAAAACCUCAUCCAUCAGUCAGUUCUGAAACUACAGAAGCAAGCUCAACAGAGUACACAUCAAGUAAAAUAACAGGACAGUCUUCUGAAUCUUCAGCAGCACCAGAACAAACAACCCAGCGAUCCUCAGCAUUUCCAACCACAAAUGACCACAUGGCUUCAUUAGUGACAACAGCCACAGAUAGCACAAUCCAAACAAGUCCCAUAGUGUCUACAACAGAAGAAUCUGCACAUCCCACUGUAUUCUCCUCAACUGAAGAAGUCCAUUCAACACUAUCCACCUUCUCAACAUCCAUGCCCUUAACAAGUUAUGCAUCAGUCAGUUCUGAAACUACAGAAACAACCUCAACAGCGUUCACAUCAGGUAAAAUACCUGCACAGUCUUCUGAAACUUCACUAGCACCCGACCAAACAAGCCAGCAAUCAUCAGCAUUUCCAACCACCGAUGAAACCAUGGCUUCAUUGUCAACAACUGAAAACAACUCCACUACUACCCUUCCAAUGUUCACAGGAAGUGCAACUGAAACAUUUCCUACAACAGAUGUAUCCACACAGACAACUCAUAUAUCCUCUAGUGAAGGUACAAACUCACCAUCAACUACAGAGUCAGCAACAACUUUAACAUCUCUUAGCAAUAUAAUUACUGACUCUGCAGUGUCCAUCACCUCAAGCACCAAUAUAUACACAUCAAUAGACUUUACUGAACAAUCCAGUGAAACUUCAGAAGUGUCUAGAAGGACUAGUCAACAAACCACGAUAUCUUCUUCCACAUCUGUAACAGUUCCUUCAACAGUAGUGACACCAGCAACAGAAAGCACAAUCCAAACAAGUCCCAUAUUGUCUACAACAGAGGAAUCUGCACAUCCCACUGUAUUCUCCUCAACUGAAGGUGUCCAUUCAACACCAUCCACCUACUCAACAUCCAUGCCCGUAACACCUCAUCCAUCAGUCAGUUCUGAAACUAGAGACACAACCUCAACAGAGUUCACAUCAAGUAAAAUAACUGGACAGUCUUCUGAAACUUCACUAGCACCCGACCAAACAAGCCAGCAAUCAUCAGCAUUUCCAACCACAGAUGAAACCAUGGCUUCAUUGUCAACAACUGAAAACAAAUCCACUACUACACUUCCAAUGUUCACAGGAAGUGCAACUGAAACAUUUCCUACAACAGAUGUUUCCACACAGACAACUCAUAUAUCCUCUAGUGAAGGUACAAAUUCACCAUCAACUACAGAGUCAGCAACAACUUUAACAUCUCUUACCAAUGUAAUUUCUGAUUCGGCAGUGACUACCACUACAAGCACUAACGAAUACACAUCAAUAGACAUAACUGAACAAUCCAGUGGAACUUCAGAAGUGUCAAGAAAGACAAGUCAACAGACCCUAGUAUCUUCUUCCACGCUUUUAACAGUUCCUUCAUUUCCAACAACAGAAUUUGGAUCUACAGCUGUAGUGACACCAACAACAGAAAGCACAAUCCGAACAAGUGCCAUAGUGUCUGCAACAGGGGAAUCAGCACAUCCCACUGUUUCCUCCUCAACUGAAGAUGUCCAUUCAGUAGCACCCACCUACUCAACAUCAGUGCCCUCAAAACCUCAUCCAUCAGUCAGUUCUGAAACUACAGAAGCAAGCUCAACAGAGUACACAUCAAGUAAAAUAACAGGACAGUCUUCUGAAUCUUCAGCAGCACCAGAACAAACAACCCAGCGAUCCUCAGCAUUUCCAACCACAAAUGACCACAUGGCUUCAUUAGUGACAACAGCCACAGAUAGCACAAUCCAAACAAGUCCCAUAGUGUCUACAACAGAAGAAUCUGCACAUCCCACUGUAUUCUCCUCGACUGAAGAAGUCCAUUCAACACUAUCCACCUUCUCAACAUCCAUGCCCUUAACAAGUUAUGCAUCAGUCAGUUCUGAAACUACAGAAACAACAUCAACAGCGUUCACAUCAGGUAAAAUACCUGCACAGUCUUCUGAAACUUCACUAGCACCCGACCAAACAAGCCAGCAAUCAUCAGCAUUUCCAACCACCGAUGAAACCAUGGCUUUAUUGUCAACAACUGAAAACAACUCCACUACUACACUUCCAAUGUUCACAGGAAGUGCAACUGAAACAUUUCCUACAACAGAUGUAUCCACACAGAGAACUCAUAUAUCCUCUAGUGAAGGUACAAAUUCACCAUCAACUACAGAGUCAGCAACAACUUUAACAUCUCUUAGCAAUAUAAUUACUGACUCUGCAGUGUCCAUCACCUCAAGCACCAAUAUAUACACAUCAAUAGACUUUACUGAACAAUCCAGUGAAACUUCAGAAGUGUCUAGAAGGACUAGUCAACAAACCACGAUAUCUUCUUCCACAUCUGUAACAGUUCCUUCAACAGUAGUGACACCAGCAACAGAAAGCACAAUCCAAACAAGUCCCAUAUUGUCUACAACAGAGGAAUCUGCACAUCCCACUGUAUUCUCCUCAACUGAAGAUGUCCAUUCAACACCAUCCACUUACUCAACAUCCAUGCCCGUAACACCUCAUCCAUCAGUCAGUUCUGAAACUAGAGACACAACCUCAACAGAGUUCACAUCAAGUAAAAUAACUGGACAGUCUUCUGAAACUUCACUAGCACCCGACCAAACAAGCCAGCAACCAUCAGCAUUUCCAACCACCGAUGAAACCAUGGCUUCAUUGUCAACAACUGAAAACAACUCCAUUACUACACUUCCAAUGUUCACAGGAAGUGCAACUGAAACAUUUCCUACAACAGAUGUAUCCACACAAAUAACUCAUAUAUCCUCUAGUGAAGGUACAAAUUCACCAUCAACUACAGAGUCAGCAACAACUUUAACAUCUCUUACCAAUGUAAUUUCUGAUUCGGCAGUGACUACCACUACAAGCACUAACGAAUACACAUCAAUAGACCUAACUGAACAAUCCAGUGGAACUUCAGAAGUGUCAAGAAAGACAAGUCAACAGACACUUGUAUCUCCUUCCACACUUUUAACAGUUCCUUCAUUUCCAACAACAGAAUUUGGAUCUACAGCUGUAGUGACACCAACAACAGAAAGCACAAUCCGAACAAGUGCCAUAGUGUCUACAACAGGGGAAUCAGCACAUCCCACUGUUUCCUCCUCAACUGAAGAUGUCCAUUCAGUAGCACCCACCUACUCAACAUCAGUGCCCUCAAAACCUCAUCCAUCAGUCAGUUCUGAAACUACAGAAGCAAGCUCAACAGAGUACACAUCAAGUAAAAUAACAGGACAGUCUUCUGAAUCUUCAGCAGCACCAGAACAAACAACCCAGCGAUCCUCAGCAUUUCCAACCACAAAUGACCACAUGGCUUCAUUAGUGACACCAGCAACAGAAAGCACAAUCCAAACAAGUCCCAUAUUGUCUACAACAGAGGAAUCUGCACAUCCCACUGUAUUCUCCUCAACUGAAGGUGUCCAUUCAACACCAUCCACCUACUCAACAUCCAUGCCCGUAACACCUCAUCCAUCAGUCAGUUCUGAAACUAGAGACACAACCUCAACAGAGUUCACAUCAAGUAAAAUAACUGGACAGUCUUCUGAAACUUCACUAGAACCCGACCAAACAAGCCAGCAAUCAUCAGCAUUUCCAACCACCGAUGAAACCAUGGCUUCAUUGUCAACAACUGAAAACAACCCCACUACUACCCUUCCAAUGUUCACAGGAAGUGCAACUGAAACAUUUCCUACAACAGAUGUAUCCACACAGACAACUCAUAUAUCCUCUAGUGAAGGUACAAAUUCACCAUCAACUACAGAGUCAGCAACAACUUUAACAUCUUUUAGCAAUAUAAUUACUGACUCUGCAGUGUCCAUCACCUCAAGCACCAAUAUAUACACAUCAAUAGACUUUACUGAACAAUCCAGUGAAACUUCAGAAGUGUCUAGAAGGACUAGUCAACAAACCACGAUAUCUUCUUCCACAUCUGUAACAGUUCCUUCAACAGUAGUGACACCAGCAACAGAAAGCACAAUCCAAACAAGUCCCAUAUUGUCUACAACAGAGGAAUCUGCACAUCCCACUGUAUUCUCCUCAACUGAAGAUGUCCAUUCAACACCAUCCACUUACUCAACAUCCAUGCCCGUAACACCUCAUCCAUCAGUCAGUUCCGAAACUAGAGACACAACCUCAACAGAGUUCACAUCAAGUAAAAUAACUGGACAGUCUUCUGAAACUUCACUAGCACCCGACCAAACAAGCCAGCAACCAUCAGCAUUUCCAACCACCGAUGAAACCAUGGCUUCAUUGUCAACAACUGAAAACAACUCCAUUACUACACUUCCAAUGUUCACAGGAAGUGCAACUGAAACAUUUCCUACAACAGAUGUAUCCACACAAAUAACUCAUAUAUCCUCUAGUGAAGGUACAAAUUCACCAUCAACUACAGAGUCAGCAACAACUUUAACAUCUCUUACCAAUGUAAUUUCUGAUUCGGCAGUGACUACCACUACAAGCACUAACGAAUACACAUCAAUAGACCUAACUGAACAAUCCAGUGGAACUUCAGAAGUGUCAAGAAAGACAAGUCAACAGACACUUGUAUCUUCUUCCACACUUUUAACAGUUCCUUCAUUUCCAACAACAGAAUUUGGAUCUACAGCUGUAGUGACACCAACAACAGAAAGCACAAUCCGAACAAGUGCCAUAGUGUCUACAACAGGGGAAUCAGCACAUCCCACUGUUUCCUCCUCAACUGAAGAUGUCCAUUCAGUAGCACCCACCUACUCAACAUCAGUGCCCUCAAAACCUCAUCCAUCAGUCAGUUCUGAAACUACAGAAGCAAGCUCAACAGAGUACACAUCAAGUAAAAUAACAGGACAGUCUUCUGAAUCUUCAGCAGCACCAGAACAAACAACCCAGCGAUCCUCAGCAUUUCCAACCACAAAUGACCACAUGGCUUCAUUAGUGACACCAGCAACAGAAAGCACAAUCCAAACAAGUCCCAUAUUGUCUACAACAGAGGAAUCUGCACAUCCCACUGUAUUCUCCUCAACUGAAGGUGUCCAUUCAACACUAUCCACCUUCUCAACAUCCAUGCCCUUAACAAGUUAUGCAUCAGUCAGUUCUGAAACUACAGAAACAACAUCAACAGCGUUCACAUCAGGUAAAAUACCUGCACAGUCUUCUGAAACUUCACUAGCACCCGACCAAACAAGCCAGCAAUCAUCAGCAUUUCCAACCACCGAUGAAACCAUGGCUUCAUUGUCAACAACUGAAAACAACCCCACUACUACCCUUCCAAUGUUCACAGGAAGUGCAACUGAAACAUUUCCUACAACAGAUGUAUCCACACAGACAACUCAUAUAUCCUCUAGUGAAGGUACAAACUCACCAUCAACUACAGAGUCAGCAACAACUUUAACAUCUUUUAGCAAUAUAAUUACUGACUCUGCAGUGUCCAUCACCUCAAGCACCAAUAUAUACACAUCAAUAGACUUUACUGAACAAUCCAGUGAAACUUCAGAAGUGUCUAGAAGGACUAGUCAACAAACCACGAUAUCUUCUUCCACAUCUGUAACAGUUCCUUCAACAGUAGUGACACCAGCAACAGAAAGCACAAUCCAAACAAGUCCCAUAUUGUCUACAACAGAGGAAUCUGCACAUCCCACUGUAUUCUCCUCAACUGAAGAUGUCCAUUCAACACCAUCCACUUACUCAACAUCCAUGCCCGUAACACCUCAUCCAUCAGUCAGUUCCGAAACUAGAGACACAACCUCAACAGAGUUCACAUCAAGUAAAAUAACUGGACAGUCUUCUGAAAAUUCACUAGCACCCGACCAAACAAGCCAGCAAUCAUCAGCAUUUCCAACCACCGAUGAAACCAUGGCUUCAUUGUCAACAACUGAAAACAACUCCACUACUACACUUCCAAUGUUCACAGGAAGUGCAACUGAAACAUUUCCUACAACAGAUGUAUCCACACAGACAACUCAUAUAUCCUCUAGUGAAGGUACAAACUCACCAUCAACUACAGAGUCAGCAACAACUUUAACAUCUUUUAGCAAUAUAAUUACUGACUCUGCAGUGUCCAUCACCUCAAGCACCAAUAUAUACACAUCAAUAGACUUUACUGAACAAUCCAGUGAAACUUCAGAAGUGUCUAGAAGGACUAGUCAACAAACCACGAUAUCUUCUUCCACAUCUGUAACAGUUCCUUCAACAGUAGUGACACCAGCAACAGAAAGCACAAUCCAAACAAGUCCCAUAUUGUCUACAACAGAGGAAUCUGCACAUCCCACUGUAUUCUCCUCAACUGAAGGUGUCCAUUCAACACCAUCCACCUACUCAACAUCCAUGCCCGUAACACCUCAUCCAUCAGUCAGUUCUGAAACUAGAGACACAACCUCAACAGAGUUCACAUCAAGUAAAAUAACUGGACAGUCUUCUGAAACAUCACUAGAACCCGACCAAACAAGCCAGCAAUCAUCAGCAUUUCCAACCACCGAUGAAACCAUGGCUUCAUUGUCAACAACUGAAAACAACCCCACUACUACCCUUCCAAUGUUCACAGGAAGUGCAACUGAAACAUUUCCUACAACAGAUGUAUCCACACAGACAACUCAUAUAUCCUCUAGUGAAGGUACAAAUUCACCAUCAACUACAGAGUCAGCAACAACUUUAACAUCUUUUAGCAAUAUAAUUACUGACUCUGCAGUGUCCAUCACCUCAAGCACCAAUAUAUACACAUCAAUAGACUUUACUGAACAAUCCAGUGAAACUUCAGAAGUGUCUAGAAGGACUAGUCAACAAACCACGAUAUCUUCUUCCACAUCUGUAACAGUUCCUUCAACAGUAGUGACACCAGCAACAGAAAGCACAAUCCAAACAAGUCCCAUAUUGUCUACAACAGAGGAAUCUGCACAUCCCACUGUAUUCUCCUCAACUGAAGAUGUCCAUUCAACACCAUCCACUUACUCAACAUCCAUGCCCGUAACACCUCAUCCAUCAGUCAGUUCCGAAACUAGAGACACAACCUCAACAGAGUUCACAUCAAGUAAAAUAACUGGACAGUCUUCUGAAAAUUCACUAGCACCCGACCAAACAAGCCAGCAACCAUCAGCAUUUCCAACCACCGAUGAAACCAUGGCUUCAUUGUCAACAACUGAAAACAACUCCAUCACUACACUUCCAAUGUUCACAGGAAGUGCAACUGAAACAUUUCCUACAACAGAUGUAUCCACACAAAUAACUCAUAUAUCCUCUAGUGAAGGUACAAAUUCACCAUCAACUACAGAGUCAGCAACAACUUUAACAUCUCUUACCAAUGUAAUUUCUGAUUCGGCAGUGACUACCACUACAAGCACUAAUGAAUACACAUCAAUAGACAUAACUGAACAAUCCAGUGGAACUUCAGAAGUGUCAAGAAAGACAAGUCAACAGACCCUAGUAUCUUCUUCCACACUUUUAACAGUUCCUUCAUUUCCAACAACAGAAUUUGGAUCUACAGCUGUAGUGACACCAACAACAGAAAGCACAAUCCGAACAAGUGCCAUAGUGUCUACAACAGGGGAAUCAGCACAUCCCACUGUUUCCUCCUCAACUGAAGAUGUCCAUUCAGUAGCACCCACCUACUCAACAUCAGUGCCCUCAAAACCUCAUCCAUCAGUCAGUUCUGAAACUACAGAAGCAAGCUCAACAGAGUACACAUCAAGUAAAAUACCAGGACAGUCUUCUGAAUCUUCAGCAGCACCAGAACAAACAACCCAGCGAUCCUCAGCAUUUCCAACCACAAAUGACCACAUGGCUUCAUUAGUGACAACAGCCACAGAUAGCACAAUCCAAACAAGUCCCAUAGUGUCUACAACAGAAGAAUCUGCACAUCCCACUGUAUUCUCCUCAACUGAAGAAGUCCAUUCAACACUAUCCACCUUCUCAACAUCCAUGCCCUUAACAAGUUAUGCAUCAGUCAGUUCUGAAACUACAGAAACAACAUCAACAGCGUUCACAUCAAGUAAAAUAACUGGACAGUCUUCUGAAACUUCACUAGCACCCGACCAAACAAGCCAGCAAUCAUCAGCAUUUCCAACCACCGAUGAAACCAUGGCUUCAUUGUCAACAACUGAGCACAACUCCUCAACCAAAUUCCCAGUAUCUGCUUCCACAGACGCUACAGCUCUUUCAACAACAGCAUUAAUAUUCACAACAGUAAGGACAGUGGCAACAGAAACCACAAUCCAAACGAGUUCAAUAGAUUCUACAACAGAGGAAUCAUUUCAGACCACGCUGUUCUCUUCCACUAAACAAGUCUAUCCAACACAACCCGUGACCUUGUCACCUCUUCCAACAGUUACUUCUGAAACUACAGAAGCAACCUCAACAAAUCAUGUCCUUUCAACACUGUCCAUCAACUCAACCUCUCGUACUUCAGUCAGUUCUGUACCUGAGUUAUCCGCCACAGCAAGCUCCACAGAGCACACAUCAAGUAUAACUGGACAGUCUUCUGAAUCUUCAACAGCACCAGACCAACCAAGUCAGCAAUCAACAACACUUCCAAGCACAGAUAGCUUCACAACCAUGCUACCCAGCUUCACAGGAAGUUCAGCUAUAUCAUUUCCCACGACAGACACAAAUAAUGUUUCAAUUUCUACACAAUCCACUCACUUCACUUCCAAAAAUCUGUCACCUUCCACUUCUGAAUCGAUCAAAUCAACUGUUGUACCUAGUCCUGGAUAUACAGCAAUAGAAACGCUUUUGCCAAACAAUUUCAGCUCCACAACUCUGAAAAUGUCGACAGUAGGUCCAACCCGUACAACUUUAUCUUCAUCAACCACCGAACACUUCUCCACAGCUCUGUCCUCUACCAUCAGUGCAACUUCUUUUUUCAUAUCUACAGCUGAACAAGACAAACAAUCCACAAAAUUACCUUCUACUAGUUUGCAAAAUUCUGUAUCGCCAAGUGAAUCUUCUCUAUCAACUAUCACUGCUGUCACCGUGAAUAGCUGUGCAGAUUGCCAGUGUAAUGGUUCACCGUGUUUUUUCAACAUGACUUCUGGAUUGUGCAAAUGCAACUGCAGUGACUACACUUAUGGUGAUUCAUGUAAUUUAGCAGCUAACACAAGACCUGUUAUAUUAUCUGAGGAGAGACCUACAAGAAAGGCAAACAUUUCUUUGAGACUUAUACGGGAAUAUAAUCCUGACUUUGAGCUUUUGAACUCUGAGGCAUCCAAAAAGUUGAUUUCAGUCUUAUCACAUGAGAUUUCGGGCAUUUGCAGAAGAGCAGAUCCAAAAAACUUUAGAGAUGUAAAGAUUAUCGGACUACUGUCUGGAAGCAUCAUCGUCAAAAGCAUUGCACAGUACAACUAUCCAAACAACCAAUCAGAAAUAGAUUUUCUCAACAAGGAUCUAGAAACAUCUCUAACAAACCUAUUUAAUAAUUCAGAUUUGCUUAAACAUUUAAGUGAAGCACUCGGAAAUGUUUCUGUUCAGGAUACAGAAGUUCUAAUGCAGACAUCUGAAAUAGCAAAUAUUUCAGACUUGAAACGGUUCUUGAAUUGUAGUUCGGAUUUUGCUGACUACACACUGAAAAUUGUGGAAGGUGCCUGGGUGUGUGAGGGGCCAUGCAAAAGUAACCCCGGCUACUGCAACGCUCAUGGGGAUUGUCUGAACAUGAAAACCGGCCCAGGGUGCCUAUGCUACAACACUUCUUUUCAAGAAUACUACGGAACACAUUGUGAGCUUUUCCGCAGAGGUGCAGGCUUUUACGCCGCUCUCUUCGGGAGUUUAGGAGCCGUCCUUCUUCUUUUCAUCACUGUGACAAUUGUGAUUGUAGUUGUACGACUGAGGCACAGGAAAUGCUGGUCCAUGAGCGGCAGUCUUGAUACGAGGAGGUCGAACUUGUUUGGUGACUACUUCUUUGACUUCACUGACAGAAGUCAAGCUUGUCAACUUCAGAAGUAUACUUUGCAUGAAAACCUACAAGAGGCAGAGGCUGGAGCUUUUAGGUGACAUGUCGAAAAAUGUUGAUACGGCUUCAAAUGUGAAGACACAAUAACGGACGUGAAGCCACAAUUAACACCUUUUUUGGGUCAUUCUGGAGAUCUUCGAGCUUCGCUGUCUUACAUAUAAUUAAUUGCGAAUGAGGAUUAUUAUAUUUAUCUCUAAAUCAAAGAUUAUAGACUGUCAUAUGAAAUGUUUAGGGCCAAAAGUACAGAUUUAUUGUGUUUUUGCAGCACUUCCACAGAACACAUAAAUAAUAGCUAAUAAAUUAUUACAUUAGCCUACACACAUUUUUUUUUAUAUAAAAAUUUCAUUAUGCCAUGUACUUGAAAGUUACCUGGAUGGAGGUUAUGAAUAUGAACUAGCUUCCAUUGCUACUGUAUGUGUUAUUGUUUCCUCUUCUUCUUCUUCUUCUUUUGGCAAUCUUAGAAUAUUUGAGAAGGUCUUGAAGAAACCAUUUAUGUUAGAACCUAAAAUGUUAGCUAAGUGUGAGGUAAAUCUGUUCUUUAAAAACAAAAACCCUGCAGAUGUAAUUAGGUCCUCUCACAGGUUUUUUUAAUGUAUUAAUCAGUACUGCUCACAUACAUAUAUAGCCAUUGAAGUCCUGUUAUUAAAAGUCAUAAACCUACUUCCAUCAUGUCAUGGAUGGAUAUCCAAAGUCCUGGAGAAACUUGUAUAUAAGCAGCUACUGUAAAUAAAUAUCUUUAAAAUGCACACAAUAUCUGAUUUGGGAUGUUGCCAGAUUACAGGAGCCAUUCUGAAAGUUUUAAUGAUAUCAUAUCUGCUUGUCAUAUAAUAUUCAUUGUCCUAGCUAUUUGAUCUUUGAUCUUUGAUUUAAUCUUAUAACACAGUGCAGUUGAUCUCUGGAUGUGAUUGGUCAGAAGGUGUUGAUUAAUUGUCUCUAACAGCAGCUCUGACAGUAUUACAGCUGCACAGGUUUGUAUUAAUGCUCUCAUUGAUAAGGUGAAGUUUUCUCUAAGGAGACGUUUAUUUUUAACACGUAUGGAAGGAGUCUCCAGUGUUACCGCUUUGUAUCAUUCAGAGGUAAAGCUGUACUUUUAAGUUUUCCGACAUCUUCAGGACAGAGGAAUUUACAUGUUUUUUGCAGUUUCUUGGUAAUAUGACAAACUGAGUGUUGGGUUUUUUUUACUUCAAGAGAGAGAAAAAGAGAAGUUGGUGAGGGAAAGACUGUUUAUACAGUAGCUGCUUUAACGUCAGUGGGAACACGAACUAACUUUGAAACACUGGAUGGACAAAAAAUAUGACGUGUCGUUCUAUAAUGAAUUAAACAUUGUAAGCACUGAGAAAAUGCUUUGGUAUAAAAGGGAAUAAAGCAUCUUCUGGGUGUGGUGUUAUUGUAAAACAACAUUAGCUCCCUCUAUCAUGCAACACCUUGGAUGAUUAUUUUCACUAGAUGGCAGUAUAGGUUAGUGAAUGCACCCUUAUUAAAAAACAACAACAACACACAAUUACAUUAUAUUGUUUGCUGUGUUUAAUGUCAGAAUUGAUCUUAAAAUAUUUUAUGACAUGCUUUAGUAUCACAUUCUCCCACAAUAUGUUUGACUUUGUCCUCAGAUCUGUAUGUUUAUGAAAUAUUCCACAUAUGUAGAUGAUCUU